UAAACCAAGACAAUAAGGCGCGUAGGCUACGCACAAGGUACAGCAAAAACGACGGUGUGCAGAACAGGACCGUUUCCUUUCCAAUUCCAUACCAUUUAGACGACGACGAAGAGAUCAGACAAACUGUGCUGCUUUUCGGUGCCGCCAUUAUUCUACUCUCCACACCUUUCUUUAAACGACGUCGUUCAAUCACCCUCAUCAAUUCCCUUCCUUCUCAAACCCUAAUUCAGAAGCUCCAAAAUUAACGAACGGGUCAAUGGCAUCUUCUUCAGACACAUGGAUGAAGGAAUAUAAUGAAGCAAUGAAACUUGCCGAUGAUAUCAACAGCAUGAUUUCUGAGCGGAGUUCAUUUCCUGCAUCUGGACCAGAAACCCAGCGUCACGCAUCUGCUAUAAGAAGGAAAAUCACAAUAUUGGGGACCAGACUUGAUAGCUUGCAAUCCCUUUUGUCAAAGCUCCCUGUAAAGUCUGAGAAGGAGAUGAAUCGUCGCAAGGACACGCUUGCAAAUUUGAGGUCAAAAGUUAACCAAAUGGCUUCAACAUUGAACAUGUCAAACUUUGCAAAUAGGGAUAGUUUGCUUGGGCCAGAAAUAAAACCAGAUGCGAUGAGCAGAACUGUGGGUUUGGAUAACAGUGGGCUCGUUGGUCUUCAACGGCAAAUUAUGAAAGAGCAAGACGAUGGCCUUGAGAAAUUGGAGGAGACUGUAAUAAGUACAAAACAUAUUGCUUUGGCAGUGAAUGAAGAGCUGACUCUACACACUAGACUCAUUGAUGACUUGGAUGAACACGUAGAUGUUACAGAUUCUCGUCUGAGGCGUGUGCAGAAGCACUUGGCAGUUUUAAACAAACGUACCAAGGGUGGUUGCUCCUGCUUGUGCAUGCUUUUAGCAGUGGUUGGUAUAGUUAUUUUGGUGGUCGUCAUAUGGCUCUUGGUCAAAUACUUGUAAUGAUAAAAAUACGAAAUUCACAAAGUUUCUCCUUUCAUGUUUCUCGAUGUGUGCAUUUAAACAUCGUAUUCGACUUUCUUUGGUUGUUCUUGAUGCUUUGCCAAUGAGAUGGAAUGUAUUGAGGUCUUAAAAGGCCAUGAUUUGUAAUUGUCAGAUUUUAAGUGUUGAUAUCUUUGUCUGCUAAAGUAAGAAAGUGAAGUGACUUCUGUUAAUUCCUAUGAGCGAUUGCGCUCUUAGGAAGAAAGAAUAUGUAUACCGUACAUUGUUCUUCAAAUAAAUUAGAUGCCUCAUCACUCAUCA